UGAAGCCUUUUCAGCCUUGUGGUCAAGGCAGGAGGGCUAGGAUCUUGGGAUUAGGAUGUCAGGAUGGAACCUGAAGGCCUGUGAGGACCUCAAACCAGGGCUUGGAAUCCAAGAAAGAGAAACAAGCGAUUAGAGGAAGGCAGGGUGCUGAGGGUCAAAGGCGCAUGCCCGGUGGUAGCAGGUGCAGGGGGGCGCGCCGCCGCCGCCACCACCGCCGGGGCCUCCCCUUUAAGAGCCGCCACCGCCCACGGCCCGCCGCUGCGGCAGGGACCUCCCCUUUAACCGCGACUGCUCGGCGCUCCGCGGCCCCCGCGGCGGCUGCUGCUGCUGCGGCUGCUGCUGCUGCUACUGCGGCUCCUGCUGUCGCGGCCGACGCCGCCCGACCUCCGGCACCUGCAUCCUCGGCCCCGGCGGGUUCCGCCGGCCCUCGCCCCGCCCGGCCCCGCCAUGGUGUCCUGGAUCAUCUCCCGCCUGGUGGUGCUCAUCUUUGGCACCUUGUACCCAGCCUAUUCUUCCUACAAGGCCGUGAAGACAAAAAACGUGAAGGAAUAUGUGAAAUGGAUGAUGUACUGGAUCGUCUUUGCCUUCUUCACCACAGCUGAGACGCUCACGGAUAUUGUGCUUUCCUGGUUCCCCUUCUACUUUGAGCUCAAGAUCGCCUUUGUGAUAUGGCUGCUGUCCCCUUACACCAAGGGCUCCAGUGUGCUCUACCGCAAGUUCGUGCACCCGACACUGUCCAACAAGGAGAAGGAGAUCGACGAGUACAUCACCCAGGCCCGAGACAAGAGCUAUGAGACCAUGAUGAGGGUGGGCAAGAGGGGCCUGAACCUGGCUGCCAAUGCCGCGGUCACAGCCGCUGCCAAGGGGGUGCUAUCAGAGAAGCUCCGGAGCUUCAGCAUGCAGGACCUGACCCUGAUUCGGGAUGAUGAUGCGCUGCCCCUGCAGGGGCCUGACAGCCGGCUCCGAUCCAGCCCCGGCAGCCUCCUGGACACCAUCGAGGACUUAGCAGGAGAUGACCCUGCACUGAGUUUAAGGUCUAGCACGAACCAGGCAGAUCCCCGAACAGAGACCUCUGAAGAUGAUAUGGGAGACAAGGCCCCUAAGCGGGUCAAACCUGUCAAAAAAGUGCCCAAAGCUGAGCCACUGGCUUCCAAGACACUGAAGACCCGGCCCAAGAAGAAGACCUCUGGCGGGGGUGACUUGGCUUGAGGUCCUGACGCCCCACAGGCUGCAGAGCCCCUGCUCCACACUGUGCCAGUAGCCCAUGUGUCUCAGGCCCCAGGUUCCCUCCGAUGGCUACCUGCCCAGUGACCACUCCUCUGGAGGGGCUUGGAAAAGAGGAGGGAGGCCCUGCUGUGGGGGUGGAGGGUAGCGGCUGGAGGAGUUCCUGAGGACUGAGCCACCCAAGGAGGUGGGGGCUCCAUAGAGCCAAAUUGCUAUUCUCCCUGCUCCAGUCCUGUCCCCACCCACCCAGUGCCUUGCUGAAGACCAUGGCCAUUCCCUUUUCUGAGGUCCUAACAUGCCCCCACUGCUCUCUCUGGGGUGGGGGUGGGGGGUACUCACAGCCCAGAAUGACCAGAGAUGGGCCCGAGGGUACCUGGGAGACCAGGAAGGAGUGGAGAAGGCUUCAGAGAACCUGGGCAAGAGCUCAGGCCUUAAUGUGUGUUUGAAGGACCAAGAUGGCCAGGCCAGAGCUACAGUUGAGGGUAAUGGGUAGGGCUGUGUGCUAUAUGUCUCCAUUAAAAAGAAGUGGGGUUCUGGGGGUAUGCAUGUGAGAGUGUGUGUGUGUGUGUGUGUGUAUUUCUGGGUCUAGGGCUGGGGUGGGGGGGUUGGGUAAAGGACUUUCCUGCCAGCAGCUACCCCCCCACACCUCAAGCCCCUCCCUGCUGUCGGCCUUCUUUCCUACUCUCAGACCACCCUGAGAGGAUGGGAUUCUGAGGGCCUCUUACCUCCUCCUCCGCCCUUGAUAGCCUUUCGCCUCUUCCCCUUCCUGCCCUGCCCCUGUGCUGGGCUCCUCUGCCUCAGGGCCCACUGUAGAGGCCCCUGCUGAGCCAGCUCCUUUCCUCAUCACCUGGGGGCUCAUCUUCCUUUCCCCCAGAGCCCUCUUCCUGUGCCAAGCAAACUGGGCCCCACGUGAGCAGACUCUUAGGAGCCCAGCCUUUGCCCCCACACUCUACCCCCGCUUCUGCCAUGGCUUCGGUCAGGGCCAGGAGAAGUGUGUGAAGAAAAAAAAAAUUUAGGAGCCAAAAGGCUUCCAAUUCUGUGGAAAGAGGGUGCCCAUUGGACCUUUGGCCCUGGAUGAGCCAAUAAACCGAAUUCUGGCACCUCA